AUGGCGGAGCAAUCGCGGGGCAGUGUCCCCAUCUUGUUGCUCAAAACGAAGUCGGUACCCACGGACACAUACGAAGAGCUAUUCUUUGGCCUCGACAAUGGCCGCUACGCUCCUGUUUUUGUGCCAGUGCUGGAGCACAGGUUCAAGCGAGACGCCCUGCGCGAGGUACGCGAGCAUGUCACCAGCCGAGGCUUGGUGCCAAAAUCGCAACAAGGCCUUGCGACAUACGGUGCCCUGAUAUUCACCUCGCAGCGGGCAGUUGAGGCGUUCACCGAGGUCAUCCAAGAAAUUCGCAGCCAAGGAACCUACCAGGUUGACGACUUGCUUCCAGAGAGCCUGCCACUCUAUGUCGUAGGCCCGGCUACCGCGCGUGGACUGCGAGCGUUAGGUCUUAAAUGCCCGAUCCUAGGUGAAGAAACCGGCAAUGGUGAAGCCCUGGCUGGCUUUAUCCUGCAACAUUAUAACGCCAUUUAUCCAGAUGGUCCCAACCCACCUGUUCUGUUUAUGGUCGGAGAUAAGAGAAGGGAUAUAAUACCGAAAACGCUCCAGUCGGUGGAGCUGAAGCCAAACAUCAGAGCAAAAGUAGACGAAUUGGUUAUAUACGAGACCGGAGAGAUGCAGUCUUUCAAGGAGAACUUUUCGGCCAUUUGGAAAGACAACACCAAGAGGGGUUUCGGACGUCAAUGGGUUGUUGUAUUCUCCCCAAGCGGAUGCCAGGCGAUGCUCGAGAGCCUGGAUCUUUUGGAUGCUGAGACGGGUAGAGCAAAAGCGUCUACCGAACAGAGGAACAUACUCAUAGCCACCAUCGGCCCGACUACUCGCGACUACCUUGUACACCAAUUUGGUUUUACUCCCGAUUUCUACUCAAUUGACCCAAUAUCUGCACAUUUGACUGCAACACGCUCUUCUCCACAUAAUCCCAGUAACAUGUCAAGCCCCACGAAAAGUAGCGAUACCGCAGCUGGUACCAAGAGGAAGCAUGAUGUCGAGCCAUCUCCCAAGCGUGAAACUAAAGCAGCGAAGAAGCAGACUACUAUUGAGGAGACGAUGGGAUCAGGUAAAGAAAAAGACGAAGAGAUGAAAGACGCCUCAGAUGAUGGCGAGACUGUGACACAAACAGACAAGUCCGAGGAAAAGUUCGAUGAGGAUCUUGUCGACGCGAGUGAUGAGCAAGCUUUGUCCAACGGCGACGACACAAAGCCAUCUGAUACCGAGAAACAGGGUGAUAACGAUUCCAAAACUGAGUCAAAAGCGCCUACAACGACACGAGACGAACAAGAAAAUGAUUCGCACGAUACUCCAAAAGAACCAGUCACCAAUGGAGAGGGCGCGAUCGAGGAAUCAUCGCAGCGUGAAAAGCAGGUUCCGUCAAACAUUCUUGAAAAAGGCGUCAUUUACUUUUUCACUCGCAACCGCGUCGGUAUUGAAGAAUCUGAAAGUGUAGGCGAUCUACAGCGCACAUUCUUCGUCCUACGACCUAUGCCAGUAGGUGCCAAACUCGGUGGAGGCGCGCUUGCGGAUAACAACAACAAUCGUCUGUUCGCGCUUCCAAAGAAGAUUUUCCCAAAGUCGCACAAUGAUCGUUUCAUGGCUUUUGUGGAGAAAGCAAACGUUACCAUAAAGGAGCUAAAGAAGGACUUCUUCGGUGCGGAAGAGUACAACACAAAGACACAGGGCAGUCGGCGCAUUGAACCCGUUGCUCCAGUGGCUGAGGGUGUGUACGCAAUCACACGUACUGAGGACCGUACAUGUCAUCUUGUCUAUUCUACUACUAUCCCUUCGGAGCUUGGUGAGGUGCAGGAUGAUCUGGGCAUCAAGGAUCAGGGCAGCUUCAUCAUCAGCGUCAAGAACCCUGAGCGAAGUGGACCUGCCCAAGCUCAACUCCCUCAAAAACCUAAUUUCCCUCAAGAAUUCAUCGAAGAGUUCCGUGGACUAGCUUGGGUUGAAGCAAAGCCGAAGUAUCUUGACUAUGAGUACUGCCAGAUCCUGCUUAUUGGCGAGAAGCUGGAGUCGGGUGUCAAGCCUACCACGAAGGACCAGAAACACGAUAAGGAAACGCCACUCGAGGAGAUUGAGAAGCUCGAGCAUGAAGACGAGCUUCGUGUCGAGCAUCUUCAUGGUGAUGAUUCCGUUUACGAUGACCUCAAGAUUAGCAGGAAGGAGUAUCCCCAAGUCUCUACGACCUGGUAA